AUCGCGACAUACCAAGGAAGUGUAACGGGGUUGAAUUGGCCUCUGUUUUUUACUUUUAUCACUCGAAGAGCUUUUAUCCGUGACUUAUUUAUGUAAAAUUAUUAUAAAGAAAUAUUGUUUGAUAGUUUAAACAUAAAAUAAACGGCAUAACAUACGCCUGGAUCAGUGAUUUUAGUUUUAAGUGACGUGAUUUGCUACUAAUGGCGGUGCAUGACAGUGCUGUGAUGUGUUUGUGUGAAAUAUCGGAAAAUUAAAUUGUGUAUUUAAUUGUGAUGCCUGGCAUUGUUGGGUGUGCGUGUGUGAGGGUGUCGCGGGCGGCGGGCAGGGGGGCGCUGGUGCGAUGAGGGCGGCGAUGCGGCGCCGCACAUGAGCCGGCUGCUGUGCUGCCUGCGCGCGCGCCGACACGACAUGGGCGCCGCGCUCUACCCCGCGCAGCCACAGGAGGGCGAGGCGUGCGACGGCGCCGCGGAGCACGUCGCCCCGCCCACCAUGGCCGACGUCAUACGGGAGCGGAAGAAGAAGGCGGGUGGCGCGGCGCUGGGCACGCUACGGAGGCGCCUGGUGGCAGCGGCCCGCCGCCCGAGGGACUCCCGACCUGACAGAGGUUGCGAGCACGCGCGCUUCAUCAGGUCAGUGGUGAGCUCGUGGCGGCUGGCGGAGGUGUUCGUGCUGUGCGAGCAGCUGGAGGCGGGCGCCGCGCUGCGCGACCUCGUCACCCAGGCGGAGCUGGCCCGCGAGCCCGCGCCCGCGCUGCACCAGGACCUCGCGCAGGCCUACAGGGACAGAUGGGUGUGCGAUGUAGAGCUGGUGGGAGCGGGAUGGUCUGUGUCCGCGCAUCGCGCCAUACUCGCCGCCAGGUGCUCGUACUUCAGGGAGCUGCUGCAGCGGUAUCCCGGGGCGUGUCGCGUGCCGCUGGAGGGCGUGGCGGCGGGGUUGUGUCGCGAGGAGGUGGAGGCGGGCGUGGCGGCGCUGUACGCGGGCAGCAGCUGCGCACGACGACCUCCCUGCGACCUUUGCAAUAAGUGGGACCGCGGCAAGGAGUCCGAGCUGGACAUCAUCAGCGGAGAGAACACGGCAUCUCGCGGGGGGUGUGCGUGCGGGGGUCGCGGGCGGGGGGGACGCGGCGAGGCGCGACUGCUGCGCCGCCUGGCGGACCUGCUCGGCUUCUCCCUCGACACCCUGCACCGGGACAUGAAGUACCUGCUCGACUCGGGCGAGCAGUCGGACAGCCGGCUGGUGUUCCGGCUGGAGGGCGGGGGCGCGGCGUACGGUUUCCGCGCAGCACUCGAGCUGCCCUGCCACCGCGUGGUGCUCGCCGCCAGGUCGCGCUUCUUCAGGAGCGUGCUGUCGCGCGGUAUAAGCGGCGGGUGUUGCGGGGGCGUGCCGGGGGGCGGGGCGUGCGGCGGUGUGGGCGGUGCGGGGGGCGGGGCGGGCGCGGUGUGCGCGGACGAGCGCGUGUUGCCGCGCAGGUUCGCACGCGCACUGUUACACGCCGCGUACACAGACCAGGUGGAUUUAGGUUUGAUCGGCAGAAACUCCCCCUCACCCGCCUCCACAGGCAGCGCCUCCAGUGCACCCACUGCGUGGUCGGGCGUGUCGCGCACUUCUCCGCGACCAAACAACACGACCACAUUAGAUGAUGCCUUUCAGCUUUAUGAGAUAGCUAGGUUCCUGGAGAUGCCGAUAGUGGUGCAGGGUUGCGAGGACGCGAUCGUGGAGGCGCUGUCGGCGGACACGUUGCCGCACGUGCUGCGCUGGGCGGCCGCACCGCACGCCUCCCAGUGGGUGCACAGACAGGCGAUGCGGUACCUGCGCGACGAGUUCCCGGCGAUAAUGUGGCAGGCGUCGUCAGCGCGGCUGCCGCGCAGUGCCGUGGCGGAGGCGCUCGGCUCCCCCUUCCUGCAGGCGAGCGAGGCGCAGGCGUUGCGCGCGCUGCUGCGCUGGGCGGAGCGCGCCGCCGCACCCAAACACGCACAACACGACAACAGAGAGCCGAACGUGAUCUGGCACACGGCGCACUCGGUGUCGCGACGCGGGGCGCGGCGCAGGGAGAGCGGGGAGCAGGCGGUGCGCGACCUCCUCGCCGCGCUCCUCCCCCUCGUGCGCCUCGAGCAUCUGCCCCCGGACUGCGACCUGCUGCACCAGGCGGUGCGGCGCGGCGCUGUGGCGCAGCCCCCGGCGCAGAUGGUGGAGGGAGGGGGCGGGGCGGAGGCGUGGCUCGGCCGCGGCGCGAGCAGACCGCCGCGCUGCUUCAUACCUUACCUUGAUGAAAUUAAAGCGCUGCUGGAGGACCAGGCGGUGCCGGAGGCGGAGGUGUCGCGAGUGCGGCGCGCGCGCUUCCUGCACCGCAUACCCGACACACUAUACAUGGUUGCGGCAGCACGCAGCGGCGCCAGUUCUGCGAGCGGCGGUGUGGGCGGGGCCGGCGGAGGUGUGGGCGGGGCGGAGGCGGCGUGCGUGUCACCGCGCGUGUUGGCAGCGCUGCGGGCGCGCGUGCGCGAGCUGCGUGCCGCGCCCCCCGCACAGCGCGCGCUGCUGCUGCACGCCACCGACACCAAGCAGGUCCAUCACCAGAUAGCGCUGCGUGCUGUGCGCGAGAUGUCUUUGCCGGACACGUGCGCAGAUCUCCUCACUGACCUCGACGACAACUCCGACAACUCCGACAAGGAGUGUGGAGGCAGCAGUUUGUGUGUGGAGGAGGAGUGGGCGUGCGGCUCUGAGGCGGGGGCGUGGCCGCGACAAGCNNNAGCCCCGCCCCGCCUGCCUGACGUGCCGGACCUGCCUGAUGUGGAUGAUUGCUGCAGGUCGGGCUCAGGGUCCCUGAGGUCGGGCAACUCGCGCGCUGCUGCUGUCUUCCUGCAAGCGGAGCGCGAGUCCAGCACUUGCAGACGAGAACUGCCGCCGCGGCCAGACACACACAGAUCAGUGCGCGGACGUCUCUCUGCGUGCGUGCCGGAUGUGGCGAUGGCGCCCAACGCCAACACGCACCUGCUCACCGCGCGCGACUACAUGUACGCCGGCAACGCGCACGCCCCGCCCACACACCUCGCCCCGCCCUCCGCACCCGCACCCGCACCCGGCCCCGCCCCACUGCCCGCACCCGCACCAGCGCCGGCACCAGCACCAGCACCGGUACAUCAUAUGAGGCAUACAGAGUACGGCGGAGGUCUGCAGCUGGACCUGGGAGACGGAGCUACACACACGCCCAGACCUGGAUCACGUGCUCAGCGCGCAGCAGCACAUGCAGCAGCACACAGCGCACACACCGCACACACCACCCGGCACAGAGACAACAAUCAGGCGCUGUCGUGUGUGAGAACUCGCAAUGAUGAUGAGGAACUCCGAGCCGCCAUUGAACUCUCUGUUAUACGAGCUUACUCGUCGCUUGCGGGCGCGAGUGCGGCGCGCAACAGACAUUAUGCAGAUCUGUUGCCUCCUGGUGAGUGCGCGCUCCCCUCUACACACACCCCCACCCCCACCCCCACCACACCACACACACACAAACUGCCCAUAGAUAUCUGCUAUUCCUACCUUACAUCAAAAGAGUAG